UUGUUAAUUGUCAGAAUUUUUUUCUCGUACAAUUUAUUUGUUUCCCUGUUUCGGUUAUUUGUUUUGUUCCAUUUUUUAUUGUAAUUUUUUUUUCUUUAACAUGGAAGGUAUGGAAGGUUUUCUUUGUCCUAAUUGUAUUGCUCGUUUUGACACCGCCCGUGAAUUGUUAGCUCAUUUUGAAGAUAAACAUGCGGGUGAAACACCUCAACGAGCUGUUUCCAGUCUACGGGGUAUUCUUGAUAAAGCGAAGAAAAUUUUGAAUACCGACGAUGAUUCUAGUUCAUCUAAUCGAUUGGCUAAUGGUGGUGUUAAUGAUAGUCAAUCUGAGAUUGAUUUGGACUUUUACUGGAGAUCAUUACAAACCUGUGGUCCGAGGAAAAAUCUUUGGGAAUCGUUCAAAGUUAAACGAGAUACUAAAAUUGAGAAUUGUGUUAUUGAGACCAACAAAUUGUUGAUUCGAUUGGAUAAAUUGUUAAGAGAAACACCUGAUAAUCCUGAUUUGAAAAAGCUACACGAGAAAAGUGUUGUCGAGUGGGCUGAAGAUGCUUACGUCAAUUUGUGCCCUCAAUGUGCCAAAGGAUUUAACUUUGGUCGUCGUCGGCAUCACUGUCGCCUCUGUGGAGGUAUAAUGUGUCACAAUUGUUCACAUUUUCUUGACUCUAAUUAUGCAAAGCAACUAGUCAGUCCAAUCGAUCUGGAAACUAGUGAACUAAUGUCCGCCUCGUCUCCAUCAGAUCCCAUUCAACCUGGUAAAUUGCAAAGACGAGGAAGUAUAAUUAGUUUACCUGCUAUUCCCAGUUCAUCCAAUGAACCACAAAUAAGAGUUUGCAUCGACUGUAAACUACUUCUAGAUCGUAGGAAUCAGCAAAUGUAUGAACAACACUCCCGACCAAUUAUCUGUCAAAUGUAUGAAAUGCACAGAGAAAAUAUCACAGAAGCAACCAGACUAAUCGAACAGUAUUAUCAAAUCAUCGAAUCUCUCAGACACGGCGAAUGUAAUUACAAGGUUGAGGCCACACAUGGGCAAGAAGUUAGAGUUAAAUUAGUCAAGCUUGGUGAAAGAAUCGAUGCUAUGAGUCGACGGAUCAAUGCUCUUGGAGUCCAAGGUGAUAUUCCAUUAAAUCAAUCCCAAAGACAAUUGCAAAGUCGUAUUCGUGCUGCGGCUGUUGCUUUUAUCCAUCAAAAACUAUCUGGCCUUCCACCGAUUCCAACCCAAACUGAAUAUGAUAAACUUCGAGAAGAGAAAUUAAAAGCACAAGAAGCCAAUCUUAAUACUCCAAAUGAUUCUAAACAAAUUAAUCGAUCAAGUAAAGUGUUUAAUGUAACAAAAUCAAAUGAAAAUCCUGUUGUAGCCAAAGACGGAUGGACACCCGAAGUUAAAUCAGUUAAAGAUGUAAAUCUCGCCGACAUGGAUCCAAUGUUAAUACAGAUCAAUCAAAUCAAAGAAUUUAUUGAUUUAGCUCGUAAAGCGAAUAAAUAUGAUGAGGCCAGUAUGUUAGAGGCCAAUUUAAGGGAACUCGAGGUAGAAUACAUGAUGCAAAGUAUUCCACCUAAUGGAUAAUCAAAAUGGACAAUUAGAGACAAAAAGAAAAAUUAACCGCAUCUCCUAAUCUAAUCAUCAGCAACAAUUGGAAUAUUUUUGGAAAUAUCUAUUUCCAUUUUUCUUCAAAUGCCUUUAAUAAGUCAUCUCAUAGUCAUUUAAUUUCUGUGAUCCAAUCGAUUUAAUCAUUCCAAUUAAUUUAUUCCGAAAUUGCGAUAUUUACACUUUUUGAUUACAAGAUGAAGAUAAAUUUCAAUGACAAUUAAUAUUUUGAUUCCAUCUCAA